GUCCCUUUUAUCCCCUCAUUAAUCAAUCUUUCCGGCAUGGCGAAUUCUAUGAACAAUGAAGGUGGGAGUGUCUCUGUUCGGUUUCAGAGUGUGGUCGGGAUUUUGCAUAUGUUACUUUCGCUCGGAAUCAUUCUGGCAAUGGAUAAAAUUUUGGAAAGGGCUUUUUUAGCCGCGGCUAUCAAGUUUCCGAGUGCUAUUUUUGGGAUGUUCUGUGUGUUUUCCAUUCUGAUGAUUCUUGAUUCUGUACUCCCUUCUGCUGCAACUAGUUUGAUGAACUUUUUCGAGCCCGCAAAUAUGUUUAUUCAGAGAUGGCUUCCAUUGUUUUAUGUUCCUAUUUUGGUGGUUUUGCCUCUGGCUGUGAAAGAUAUACCUGUGGCAUCUGGGGUCAAGAUUUGCUUCAUCAUUGGUAUAUAA